AUGACAGCCAGGAGCGGUCCGAUGCCUGACAUCGAUGAGAGCCGUGGCUGGUGGGGCUUGGCAGAUCAUGCAAACAAAGGUGGUCUUAUGAGAUCAAUGAUGGCCAAUGCAGCAGCUAAUCAGAUGAUUAAUGUGUCUGUGAGGAGAUCUGGAGUUGAUGCACCAAUAUCAAGCGCAACAUCUUACCGGGUCGUCUCAAGAGCGUUUGGCAUCCCACGUUCCACAGUCAAUGACAUCGUCCACAAGGUUGCAACCAAAAUCAUCAAGCUCAAAAACAGGCUCAUCUGCUUUCCACCGCCUCACGAGCUUGAUAUAAUUGGUGCUGGCUUUGCACAUCUGGCUGGAUCUGCAGCAUUCGCCAAGGUUGUGGGCAGCAUCGACGGCUGUCACAUCCGAGUCAAGCCCCCAAGCACAGAUGCUCAGUGCUAUUACAACCGCAAAUUCUUUCAUUCUGUCCAGAUGCAAGCAGUGUGUGACCACCAGUGUCAGUUCCUGGACAUAUUUGUUGGCUACCCAGGCUCAGUCCAUGAUUCAAGAGUUUUGAAAAACAGCCCUUUGUAUGUGCGUUCACUGUACCCACCUGAAGGCUAUUGUAUUCUGGGGGAUGGUGGAUCCCCAUGUAUGUCACAGCCCAUCACGCUCAUCACACCAUACAGGGAGCCAGCGAGGAGUGCAGUUGCUGCAAGAUUUAACAGGCACCAUGCAAAGGCCCGUUCUGUGGUUGAACGGGCCUUUGGCAUAAUGAAGACCAGGUGGCGGUCCAUAUUUUUCAAGGCUCUAGAGGUGCACCCUGCUUUUGCAGUGAAGGUUAUCGCCUGUUGUGCCAUUCUGCACAACUUCUGCCUCAGAGACGGAGACAUGCUCGAGCCUGUGGAAGAAGCACUGGGGCCAGAAGAUGGAGAUGGUCAGCUUCAGCAAGACCAGCAGUGUGGGGAGCAGCUGCGUGGGCGCAUUGCUUCUGCUCUUUCAGCUCCAACAGCUAUUCCUCCAGCUCUUCAGGACCAUGACUACAAUUUAGGAUAG